AGAGAAAGUAAUAGUUGAAUAAUUAUAAGGAUGCACUGGUGCGGACUGAAGAGCAGCGCGUGAGUGAGACCUGCAGUACUUCAACUGAGAGACGAUCAGUCCACAUGGACAGACUCAGUGAAGCAAAACCUUUCAAGUCGCAUUUAGUGUAUUUGUGAAUGGAAUGAACAGGUGACAUCAAAUGUUCGUACCUGUGCGCGUUUUAAUGAAGUUUGGAUGAAGAUGAAGAACAGCGUAUUAAAGAUCUUCGCCAGGAGGAAAAUGCACAGAGCUUCCUGAACAACUAUUGCGCAUUUCAUAUUUUAGCGGACAGAUACGCACGCAACUGUGCAAAAUGCUCACAGUGCGUAAAAGGGUAUGGGUACGUUUAGCUGUGCUGCUGGCUGUCUGGAUAGAGCGCGCGAUCAGCUUCCCUGUGAGGCAUCUUCACGAGAGAUCCAGACACGGCGACUCCAUAGAGGUAAGUACAAGUGGAUCGGUGACCAUCGAGGUGUUGAAUGACCCACCCAUGGAAGUGGACAUGGACCUGGUUAAAGAAUGGAGUAAUGACUGGUCUACAUCUUCUCCCUCCUCUACUGUAGAAUGGCUGGGUGGGAAGAAGCUUUUCUGGCCUUUAUUUUGGGGCUACGCAGAUGUAGAUUCAGGUGAGGAUGGUACUGGCCAAGCAGUGGAGGAAGAGGAUGAUUAUGCACUGGAGUAUGACAGUGGGGAGCCCCUUCCUAGUGGGCUGGGCAAAACAGGUAGCAACUUGGAAAGCCCAUGGACUCAACGCCAUUAUGGAGAGAAAGAGGAAGAAUGGAGCGCAUGGAGUUCUUGUAGUGUCACUUGUGGCCACGGCAACCAGACCCGCUCACGUUCAUGUGGAGAUUUCUGCAUCUCCACCGAAUCCCAAAGCUGUGACCUUAUGCCAUGCACAGAUGAUUGGAACAGUGUGGCUCAUGUCUUUCCAUUUGAGAUGGAAAAUGGUACAGAACCCUUUGGCACAGAUGUUGACAGUUGCGAGAAGUGGUUGAAUUGUAAGAGUGAGUUUCUCCAGCGUUACCUGCAGCAGGUAUUGACUGAAUUACCCAGCUGUCCGUGCACCUAUCCUUCAGAAGCCUUCAACAAUAUAGUCAGUCUGCUGGAUGUGGGACAUGAUCAGACCUUCCAAUGGAGGGAUGCAAGUGGGCCAAAAGAACGUCUGGAUAUUUACAAACCCUCGGCACGCUCUUGCUUGCGUUCUGGCCUCUCAAGAGAUGGCACCACCCUGGCUGCCCAGCAUUGUUGCUAUGAUGACAACAAGCAUCUAAUUACAAGGGGCAAGGGUGCAGGUACCCCCAACCUAAUAAGCACGGAGUUCUCUCCAGAACUGCAUUUUAAGGUGGAUGUAUUGCCUUGGAUACUGUGCAAAGGAGACUGGAGCAGGUUUCAUGCCAUCCGCCCACCCAAUAAUGGUCUGCAUUGCACAGAGAAUCCCCAACAGGACAUUUUCAUGAAUGAAUUAGAGGAGGCCAGAGAAUAUUAAGUCACCAAAUUACUGUCCCUCCUCUGACACACCGUCCUGCUGUGGUGCUUAACCCAGCCAGCCGCAUGUAGAGCCAGUCUUGUGUUGUGGGACGCAUUGUCGUAACUGUGCUCGCAAAGCAUGGCCUCUAGCUUUUCUUAUGUUUGAAAUAUUGAGAAAUGUUUAAAAAUGGAUUAUAAUCUAUUUAUAUAAUCUAUUAUAUAUCUAUCUGUUGAGAUAGAUUAUAAUCUGUAUCAGUGCCGUCUAAUGUAAAAUCUGGGUCCUGAAGCAAAAUUAGUUAAAAACCUCUGCUCUAUAGACUUACGGGGAUGUUUGAGAGUCAAUGGGCACACUUUCACUGCCAACUCAGGGGAAACCUUUCCAUAACCAUGUUCAUUUAGUUCUUUAUUAGUGUCAGAAUUUCAGAAAGGGAAAGAGCCGACAGACGUAAAGAGAAUAUUAUAAUGUGUAUAUUGUUCUAAUGUGAUACUUUAUAUAAUGCUUUUGUACAAUUUUGUUUAGUUGUUCUGCGAUUGUUCAUUUGCUCUGGUGUUAUUGCUGUUGCUUUUCAUUUGUUGUUGGGAACUGUUGCAAGGGAUACUUAAUAUUGCUCCAGACCUCUAAUUUGAAAUAUUGCUCUUAAGAGUGUGCAGACUGUGUACAGGUGUGUCUCAGUAAAUUAGAAUGUCGUGGAAAAGU